AUGAGAGCACUUUACUCUGCCGCUGGCCAGCUCCAGCGAGCUCCGAUCGCAAGCUUCGUCCGGCUUGCUCGCUACAGAGGAUGCCAGAGUAUUUGUAGAGGCGCACCGUCGCGAUGGCUCGCAACUCUCACCCAGGAGCUUGAGUCGAAGGAUUCCAAGUCGCUGUCUUUGCCUUCGUCGUCGCGAUACAAUGAAGUUGGUGUACAGCAACUUAGCGAUUACAUCUUCCCUCAAAUAUUCCCAAACGGCUCCAAGCCUCCACCUGAAGACCUGGUAAAGUUGUCUGUCGAUCAUUUGAAGCGCCAUGAGCUCUAUGGCAAGAACACAGAUACUUCCGGCCCCAUUGCCUUCGAUCUGCCCAAACUCCAAGGCACCACCCUCGACGAACAUUUCUACAGACUUGGAAUUGAUUGUGCUGGUUCGCAUUUGCAAUACGCUAAAGAGUUUGCUUGCGCAAAUGUCCCUUUGAAGCCGAAAAGAUGGAUAUCGCGAAGUGGGUGGACGAAAUACUAUCCUGAUGGGCGGACAGAGUCGGUCGUGGCGCCAAACGAAGAUAUGCUGUGUUUUGACACAGAGGUCAUGUGGAAAGAAAGUCCGUAUGCAGUAAUGGCUUGUGCAGUCAGUCCUACGGCCUGGUAUUCUUGGUUAUCUCCUUGGUUAUUGGGUGAGUCUCCCGACGACAAGCACUUAAUACCAAUGGGGGAUUCGACUAAGGAUCGCAUUGUUGUUGGACACAACGUUGGCUAUGACAGGGCAAGAAUAUUGGAAGAAUACAGUCUGGAGCAGACUAGGACCGGAUUCCUCGACACCAUGUCCUUGCAUGUUGCCGUUAAUGGCAUGUGCUCACAACAACGCCCGACCUGGAUGCGACACAAGAAGAAUCGAGAGGAAAGAGAAAAGGUGGCGAGCGGCGACAUCGAACAUGGCUUAAUUGAGCUUUUGAGCAAUCGAAGUAUGCAUGAAGAGGAGGAAUUAUGGGUGGAGAAGAGCUCAAUUAACUCGCUCCGAGACGUUGCCAAGUUCCAUCUCAAUGUCACAAUUGACAAGGCGAUACGGAAUGAUUUUGGUGAGCUGGAUCGCGAUGGUGUGCUGGAGAAAUUAGACCAACUUCUCGAAUAUUGUGCUGCGGAUGUAUCCGUUACUCACAAAGUGUAUCAAACUGUCCUUCCCGGCUUUUUAGAAGUUUGCCCGCACCCAGUUAGCUUUGCGGCCCUGCGGCACCUGUCCUCUGUCAUUUUACCGGUCAACCAAACUUGGAAUUCAUACAUUGCUAAUGCAGAAGCCACUUAUCAGAAACUUUCUACAUCGGUCCACGAGAGGUUAGAAUCACUGGCAGAGAAAGCGUUGGAAUUAAAAGACAAGCCUGAGAUCUGGCAAAACGACCCCUGGAUGAUGCAGCUAGAUUGGUCCGGCCAAGAGAUCAGAAUGGUCAAGGGCAAACGGAAGGGCGAUCCACCGAGGCCAGCUGCAAGGCAGAAGAAGCCAGGCAUGCCCAAGUGGUACAAAGAUCUCUUUGCCAAAAAUGACGCCCCUAUCAACCUAUCACUACGGACUCGUAUUGCGCCUCUGCUGCUGAGGCUGGCCUGGGAUGGGCACCCGUUGUUCUGGUCCAACCAACAUGGCUGGGUGUUUCGAGUUGACCCGGACGAUGUGUCCACUUACACUGCGAAGCUCAUGUCAGAGUGCCUCUUUGAUGACUCUGAUCCGGCCUUGCGCGAUGAUUACAAACACUCCUACUUCAAACUUCCACAUAAAGAUGGCCCCACUGCUCGCUGCGCCAAUCCAAUGGCGAAAGGGUAUCUAACUUACUUCGAAAAUGGCACUCUCUCGUCGGAGUAUGAAUAUGCUAAGGAAGCGCUGCAAAUGAAUGCAUCGUGCUCAUACUGGAUGGGUGCGCGUGAUAGAAUUAUGUCGCAAAUGGUUGUCUAUGAGAAGGAUUUACCCGAGGCUGAAGAGGGUAUGGCGGCCAAAAAGGAUGGAGAGAACACCCAAGGCUUUAUUUUACCUCAAAUUGUUCCCAUGGGUACAAUUACUCGGCGAGCAGUUGAAAACACUUGGCUGACAGCAAGCAAUGCGAAGAAGAACCGUGUUGGGUCCGAGUUAAAAUCAAUGGUCAAGGCUCCAGAAGGCUACUGCUUUGUUGGUGCUGAUGUUGACUCAGAAGAGCUUUGGAUUGCAAGUUUAGUAGGUGAUGCGACUUUCAAAAUCCACGGUGGGAAUGCCAUUGGGUUUAUGACCCUCGAGGGUACUAAAGCUGCAGGCACGGAUUUACAUUCGAGGACAGCGUCGAUUUUGGGCAUCUCUAGAAACCAAGCCAAAAUUUUCAACUACGGUCGCAUCUAUGGAGCUGGGCUCAAGUUUGCAGCCACUCUUCUGCGACAGUUCAACCCCAAGCUUUCCGAGGCGGAGACUACAGAAAUUGCGCAGAGGCUGUAUGCGAAUACCAAAGGCAUCAAGACCAACCGCAAGACUAUAAACAAGCGCUUGUUCUGGAGAGGAGGAACGGAGUCGUUUGUAUUCAACAAACUGGAAGAGUUUGCUGAACAGGACUGGGCUAGGACGCCAGUGUUGGGGGCGGGCAUCACGCAAGCGCUUAUGAGCCGCUUUGUGAGCAAAGGCAGCUACUUGCCCUCUCGAAUCAACUGGGCCAUCCAAUCCUCGGGCGUCGACUAUCUCCAUUUGCUUAUUGUCUCCAUGGAUUACUUGAUUCGUCGGUUCAAUCUCGAUGCUCGACUGGCCAUCUCGGUUCAUGACGAAAUUCGAUACCUGGUGAAGAAUCAAGAUAAAUACAGGGCAGCGCUUGCACUCCAAGUAGCAAACAUUUGGACCCGAGCUAUGUUUGCGCAGCAAGUAGGGAUUGACGACCUCCCCCAAUCUUGUGCGUUCUUCUCUGCUGUCGAUAUCGAUCACGUCCUCCGCAAAGAAGUUGAUAUGGACUGCAUCACGCCAAGCCAUCCAGAUGCAAUCCCUCCUGGCGAAAGUCUGGAUAUCCAGACUCUCUUGGAUAUGGGGCCCGAAGCGCAGCUUGAUCCGUCAGUCGUUCCGGAUCCUAGAUUCGCUCCCAAGCUAGAUGAUAUUUCCUACACGCCGCGCACCCCUAUUAUGCAGAAACUUCAAGAAUCGUCGGGAAGCAGCACUCAUUUUAUCAAGGCUCAGAUUGUGAGCGAUGAAAUGGAGUUGCAGGAUAUUGUUAAAGAGAUUCGCGGCCUCACACCAUCGAAACCACGAGAACCAUCGAAACCACGAGAACCAUCGAAGCCGCGAGAACCAUCGAAGCCGCGAGAACCAUCAAAACCACGAGCACCACCAAAACCGCGGGCAGUAUCAUUGAAGGGCGUACUUCCGUACACCAAUCGCAAGGCCCCCAAAGGGCCUAACGCGCCAUCAUCAUUUCCCUCGGAAUUUGAUGUCAUACCUCUGGACACGCCGAUACCAUAUUCCGAGACAAUGGCUUUCAAAUACCAAGGCGACAGCCAAUGGCUCCAAGAGCAAAAUGACACGAGCUAA